GCGUAUUUCCGCCUAGAGAAAGAUGGGAAGGUGGAGAAGGUCCUCCACUCCCUGACUCUCCUCGUAGAGGACAGCCUCCCGUUUGAUAUAGUACUGGGAAUGGAUUGGGGAGAGGCAGUCGGGGCAACGCUCCAUCUGAAGGAGCACGAGUGUAGACUCCCUAGUUCUGCAGGCGAGGCUAAGACUGCCCGCCUGUUUCAUGUGUCAGGAGUAGAGAAUUCCUUGGCACAGUGCUGCCUUAGUGCCCCUGCGUUCGCCAGAUUGGUGAAGAAGGAGAAAUUAGAGGAACAGGUCUUUGUUGCCUAUGUUAGGCUUGACACUGAGCCUACGGAAGAGAAGUCGAUGGACCCUGCGAUUGCCAAGCUGCUGGAGGAGUUUAAGGAUUUGACUGAGGCGCCGACAGGCACGGUGCCGCGGCCCAUCCAGCACCGUAUCGAGAUAGAGCCUGGCAGUAGAACUCCUAAGGGUGCUGUGUAUAGGAUGUCCCCGCGGGAGUUAGAGGAGUUUCGCAAGCAAUUAGACGAGCUCCUCGAGAAGGGUUGGAUUAGGCCCAGUUCGUCUCCUUUCGGAGCGCCUGUUCUCUUUGUUCCUAAGAAAGAGGGAGAGAUGAGAAUGUGCAUAGACUAUAGGGGUCUGAAUGCUAUUACAGUAAAGAAUGCUGAGCCACUGCCUAGGAUCGACGAUYUCUUAGAUYGAGUGSAGGGGGCUAAGUAUUUCUCUAAGAUAGACUUAAAGUCCGGAUAUCAUCAGAUAGAGGUACACCCUGAUGAUCAGUAUAAGACAGCCUUCCGGACUAGGUACGGGCAUUAUGAGUUUAUAGUGAUGCCCUUUGGACUAACCAAUGCGCCAGCAACUUUUCAGCGGUGUAUGAAUGAUUUGUUUAGGCCGUGGUUAGACAGAUUUGUUGUAGUUUAUCUAGAUGACAUUCCAGUGUUAAGCCGGACCCUCGAAGAGCAUCAGGUUCAUCUCAGGCAAGUCUUGGAGAAGCUGAGAGAAGCUAACUUCAAGAUCAAUGCAAAGAAGUGCGAUUGGGCGAAGACCCAAGUUUUGUAUCUAGGCCACGUCUUAGACGGAGACGGCGUUAAGCCAGAAGAUAGCAAGAUCGCAGCGAUUAGAGAUUGGCCCACGCCACGUACGCUGACAGAGUUGCGCUUCUUCCUGGGCUUAGCGAAUUACUACAGGAAGUUCGUGAGGAACUUCUCCACCAUCGCUGCGCCCCUUCACAGAUUGUUGAGAAAAGAGAUAAUCCGGAAGUGGGAUAAGGACUGCACGUCUGCCAUGAAGAAGCUAAAGCAGGCGUUGAUAGAGUAUCCGGUCCUUAAGGUCGCCGAYCCGUCCUUGCCUUUUGUCGUUACUACGGAUGCUAGCCAGUACGGGAUAGGCGCAGUGUUACAGCAAGACGAUGGCAAUGGSUAUAGACCCGUAGAGUUCAUGCCCGCUAAGAUGCCUUCAGAGAAGGUUGCGACAUCUACCUAUGAGAGAGAACUCUACGCUCUCAGGCAAGCAUUAGACCACUGGAAGCACUACUUGCUUGGGAGGCACUUCAAAGUCUAUUCAGACCAUGAAACGUAAUGAUGGUUAAAGACCCAGGCCAAGAUAACACCUAAGCUUACUAGGUG